AGCACCAUGCAGGCUGCAUCCGCUUCCAUCAAUUGCCGUCCAUUUACAAUGGGGCCAAGAAUGAGGCCAAGCAGAGCCAGUGACGAUAUUGGCUUGGUCCGGCUAAUGAUACUUCGGGCUAACAAGGUAUAAAGUCCCGCCUUGCUCGUCUCUUGGUCUGAUCAGCAUCGCCAUCAUCACUACGUCCGUAAUUUAUCACCCGUGACGAUGCACGCUUCUACCUGUCUCUGGGGAACUCUCCAGCUUGCUACUUUGGGAGCCGCAGCCACAAACACUACCAGUUCUGCGGCUGCGAUAUCUAGCAUCAGCAGCAGCACUACAGUCCCGACAGUCCCAACAGGCGUACCCAUUGCCGGCGACUACAAUGGCCGCUACCGUCCUCAGGUGCACUUUUCACCCCCAAAGCACUUCAUGAAUGAUCCCAAUGGUAUGUUUCGAGAUGCAAACGGCACAUGGCACUUGUACUAUCAGUACAAUCCUACCGCGAAUGUGGCGGGUAACCAGCACUGGGGCCAUGCUACUUCGGACGAUCUUUAUCAUUGGAUCAACCAGCCAAUCGCUCUCUUCCCGCCCAAAGACAACGUUUUUGUUUUCUCCGGAAGUGCAGUCGUGGAUGUAAACAACACAUCUGGAUUUUUCCCCAACCAAACCAACGGCGUGGUAGCAGUCUACACACUGGCCGAGUACAAUGAUGAUGGCCCAGGGCCUCAGAACCAAAACAUCGCCGUUUCUCAUGACGGAGGAUACACAUUCACGCCAUACAAGAAAAAUCCAGUCAUUGCCAGCAACUCAUCGCAGUUCCGUGAUCCCAAGGUUAUUCGCUACGAUGACCACUGGGUCAUGGCGGUGGCCUAUCCUUACGACUUUGAAAUCGGCAUCUUCACCUCCAAAAACUUGGUUGACUGGACGCCAACCAGCAACUUCUCUCACCAUGGUCUGCUCGCCUUGCAAUGGGAGUGCCCAAACCUCGUCAAAAUGCCAUACAUUGACGAAAAGGGUGAAAAGCACGAUGAUAUGUGGCUGCUUGCUGUCAGCGUGAACCCCGGAGCCCCAGUUGGCGGCUCCAUCAUGCAAUAUUACCCAGGAAAGUUCAACGGCACUCAUUUUGAUGCAGUUGACUCUGCUGCCCGUAUUGCCGACUUUGGCAAAGACAACUAUGCCGGCCAAUUUUUCUAUGAGGAGACGGCAAACGAUGACCCUGUGUUUAUUGCAUGGGCUUCCAACUGGCAAUACACCCAGGUUGUUCCUACUAGCGAAGAAGGAUGGCGCAGUGUUAUGAGCUUGCCGCGCAAGACGUACCUCAAGAAGGCUCCUCGUCUUGGCUGGAAGCUCAUUAAUGAGCCCUACGACCUGACCCCGGUUCGUGGUGAAGUGCUUGAAGAUAAGAAGGACCUUGGAAACGGUACUGUUGUUGUUGACUUUAGUGAUGUCGAGUCCAACGCCAUUUACUGGCAAGUCAAUGUGACAGGCAUCCCUAAGUCUGGUAUUCCGGACAUGGCAACUCUCAACUUUACUGUUGCAUCCCCUAUUACCGGCGAGAACCUCAAGGGUGGCUUCUUCCUCGGCGGUGACACACCAUUCUUCAUUGACCGCAGCGGAACCAAGGGCUUCGACAAUGUAUUCUUUACAGAUAAGUUUUCCACGAACAGCCUGCUUACCAAGGAUACCUGGAGCAUGAGUGGUGUGUUUGAUCGAUCUAUUCUGGAAGUCUUUGUCGACGGCGGCUUAGAAAGCGCCACGAAUACGUUCUUCUCGACGCAGCCUUUGACCCUGCUCUCUCUCAGCACCGCACACCUGCCAGUAGGUAUUAAGGUCAGCGUCCGCGUUGACGAACUUAAGAGCACAUGGGCCGACUUGGCCGACUCCAAGGAUGGCCUGGUACACGGCAAUAUCACUUCUGUGAACGACGCAUCGAUGAAAAUUGACGCAGUGCCUCCAAACAUUCCUGGAUUUUAGUGGACUCUGAGAAAUAUAUUUUCAAACGCGGCGGUUUUCUUCAUGUACAUUUCCUUUUGCUAAUAUACUCUCGUCAUACUCGUCAUCAUCGUCAUCUCAUUUCGCUCUACUAACGGUCUCUCACCCGCCCUUUUAUAUACUUCAGGAUAUAUACACCCACCCCGGAACAUAGCUACACUUCACAACGCCAACUCCAGUUCAAUGUAUACGAUUCACCAAAAUAACAAUUUCUAAAAAUGGUCUUACACGCUUAAGCGCGGUACUUGUUGUAGGAGCUGCGCAUGCGGGUAGCCUGG